GGGAGGCGACGUCGGGGCCAUGGUGCUGGGUCGGGUCCUGCUGUUUCUGGCUGGCGCCUUCCCUUUUACACUCCUGGGAGCCGCCGCUGAGCCCCACCGUCUUCAAUAUAACCUCACAGUGCUGUCCCGGGAUGGAUCUGUGCAGUCAGGGUUUCUCGCUGAGGGACAUCUGGAUGGUCAGCUCUUCCUGCUCUGUGACAGGCAGAAAUGCCCGGCAGGUCCCCAGGGACAGUGGGCAGAAGCAGUCGUGAGAGCUGAGCCCUGGCACAGAGAGAUCGAGGACUUGAGAGAGAAUGCGGAGGACCUCAGGAUGAUGCUGGCUGAUAUCACGGGGCAGAAAGCCUUGCAUUCCCUCCAGGAGAUUAGACGCUGUGAGAUCCAUGAAGACGGUAGCACCAGGAGCUUCCAGGAUUUCUACUAUGAUGCGGAGCUCUUCCUCUCCCAAAACCUGGUCACUCAGGAAUGGACAGUGCCCCAGUCCUCCACAGCUCGCAGCGUGGCUACGAACAUCAUGAAUGUCUGGGGGGAAGAUGCCAUGAAAGCUGGCACUGUGAGGGCAAACUGCCUGUGGAAACUACGGCGACAUCUGGAAUCCAGGGCGGGCAUCAGAACAGUGCCCCCCAUGGUGAAUGUCACCCGCCGGAAGGACUCAGAUGGCAACACCACUGCGACAUGCUUGGCUUCCAGCGUCUAUCCCCAGAAUAUCACACUGACCUGGCGUCGGGACGGGGUAUCUUUGAGCCAGGACGACCAGCAGUUGGAGCGUGUCCUGCCUGAUGGGAAUGGAACCUACCAGACCAGGGUGACCAUCAGGAUUCGCCAAGGAGAAGAGCAGAGGUUCACCUGCUACAUGGAACACAGCGGGAAUCACAGCACUCACCCUGUGCCCCCUGGGGAGGAGUCCGUGCUUCCGAGUCAAUGGUCAGUCAAUCCAUAUAUUACUGGUGUUACUGCUGCUCUUGUUCUUGCUGCUGCUGCUGCUGCUAUUAGUUACUGUGUCUGUCACUACAAGAAGAAGAGAACGUUACCUGCACAGCAUCCAGAGCUCGUGAGCCUGCAGGUCCUGGAUCAACACGUGGUUGAGACAAGAGACCACAGGGAUGCCGCACAGCCGGGAUUUCAGCCUCUGAUGUCAGCUCCUGGGCCCGCUGGCUCCACUGAGGGCACCGAGAUUCUGCAGCCAGGCAGCUAGAACUCAGCUCCCUGCCUGGAUCUCACCAGCACUUUCCCUCUUGGUGCCUCAGUUUCCUGACCUAUGAAACAAAGAACAUAACACUAUUUGUUUCCAAGUAUUAGUAGGCAUGAGGUGUUUGCAGCUGAGCCAUAUUAGUUGGUAUCAUCAUUUCCAUUGUUUUUCUAUUAUUAUAAUUUUUUUUUAAGACGAAGUCUCAC